GCGGGGAUCUUCAGCAUGCAUUCCUGUGAGGAAGGAUUCGCUACAGGAGGACGAGACGGCUGCAUCCGACUGUGGGACGUUGACUUUAAACCCAUCACCAAGAUUGACCUGAGGGAGGCUGAGCAGGGAUACAAAGGUCUGUCGAUCCGCAGUGUUUGCUGGAAGGCCGACCGGAUCCUGGCGGGAACGCAGGACAGCGAGAUCUUUGAGGUCAUGGUCCGAGACCGGGACAAACCGGUUCUAUUGAUGCAGGGUCACAGCGAGGGCGAGCUGUGGGCACUGGACCUUCACCCCAAACAGCCGGUCGCCGUCACCGGGAGUGACGACCGCUCCGUCAGGCUGUGGAGUCUUCCUGACCACACUCUGCUGGCUCGCUGUAACAUGGAGGAAUCUGUCCGCAGCGUUUCCUUCAACAACGACGGAUCUCAGCUCGCUCUGGGCAUGAAGGACGGAUCCUUCACCGUGCUGCGUGUCAGGGACAUGACGGAGGUCGUGCACAUCAAGGACAGGAAGGAGGUGAUUCAUGAGCUGAAGUUUUCACCGGACGGUUCCUUCUUGGCGGUGGGAUCAAACGAUGGGCUUGUGGACGUCUAUGCCGUCGCCCAGCGAUACAAGAAGGUGGGUGAGUGCAGCCGCUCCACUUCCUUCAUCACCCACCUGGACUGGUCGGUUGACAGCCGCUUCCUGCAGACCAACGACGGCGCCGGAGAGAGGCUGUUCUACAGAAUGCCAGCAGGGAAGCUAGUUCCUAAAGAGGAGGCGAAGGGGAUCCACUGGAUGACAUGGACAGGUGUUGUCGGGACAGAAGUGAACGGCAUCUGGCCCAAAUACUCAAGCAUCACUAACGUGAACUCUGUGGACGCCAACUACAGCAGCGCUGUGCUGGUGACCGGAGACGACCUCGGGCUUGUCAAACUCUUCAGGUUCCCCUGCCUUAAGAAAGGAGCCAAAUUCAAGAAGUACAUCGGUCACUCUGCCCAUGUGACGAAUGUCCGCUGGUCCAACGACCUGCAGUGGGUCAUCAGCACCGGUGGCGCUGACCACGCUGUCUUCCAGUGGAGGUUCCUGCCAGAGGGCGUCAUGAAUGGCGUCCUGGAGCCCCUCCUUCAAGAGGGUUACGCUGACUCCAACAGCGGAGAGUCGGACUCAGACGUGUCGGACGUCCCGGAGCUCGACUCGGACAUCGAGCAGGAAGCUCAGACCAGCUACGAACGUCAGGUCUAUAAGGAGGACCUGCCUCAGCUGCGGAAGAAGCUGAUUGGUUCCCUGAAGCGGCAGAAAGCUCCAGAGGAGGGUCUUCGUCUGCAGUUUGUCCACGGGUACCGGGGCUUCGACUGUCGUAACAACCUGUUCUACAGUCAGGCGGGGGAGGUGGUGUAUCACGUGGCCGCCGUAGCCGUCGUCUACAACAGGCUGCAGCACAGUCAGAGGUUCUACCUCGGCCACGACGACGAUAUCCUCAGCCUCGCCGUCCACCCGCUCAAAGACUACGUGGCCUCCGCACAGGUGGGCAGAGACCCAGCCGUCCACGUCUGGGACAUCCAGACUCUGAAGUGUCUGUCGCUACUAAAGGGACACCACAGCAGAGGAGUGUGUGCUCUGGAGUUCACAGUGGAUGGGAAGAGUUUGAUCUCUGUGGGAAUCGAUGACUUUCACUCCAUCGUGAUCUGGGACUGGAAGAAAGGAGAGAGAUUGGCCAAGGCCAGGGGUCAUAAAGACAAGAUCUUUGUGGUGAAGAGUAACCCGUUCAGGGUGGACAAACUGGUGACUGUCGGCAUGAAACACAUCAAGUUCUGGCAACAUUCAGGUGGGGGUCUGACGUUUAAACGAGGGAUUUUUGGGAACCUGGGGAAGCAGGAGACGAUGAUGUCGGCGUGUUACGGUCGAUCGGAGGACCUGGUCUUCUCCGGAGCCACCAACGGAGACGUUUACAUCUGGAGAGACACAACGCUCGUCAAGACCAUCAAAGCCCAUGACGGCCCCGUGUUCGCCAUGUGCUCCCUGGACAAGGGUUUUGUGACGGGUGGGAAGGACGGCAUCGUGGAGCUCUGGGACGACAUGUUUGAGAGAUGUUUGAAGACGUACGCCAUCAAGAGAGCCGCUCUCUCUCCAUCAUCCAAAGGCCUGCUGCUGGAGGACAACCCGUCGAUCAGAGCGAUCACUCUGGGUCAUGGUCACAUCCUGCUGGGAACAAAGAACGGAGAAAUCCUGGAGAUCGACAAGAGUGGACCGAUGACGCUGCUGGUUCAGGGUCACAUGGAGGGGGAGGUGUGGGGUUUGGCAGCUCACCCUCUACUUCCUGUCUGCGCCACUGUCAGUGACGACAAAACUCUGAGGAUCUGGGAGCUGUCGGCCAAUCACCGCAUGGUCGCCGUCCGCAAACUCAAGAAGGGUGGACGAUGCUGUGCCUUCUCUCCUGAUGGGAAAGCUCUGGCGGUCGGUCUGAAUGACGGCAGCUUCCUGGUGGUAAACGCCGACACGCUGGAGGACAUGGUGACCUUCCACCACCGCAAGGAGCUCAUCUCAGACAUCCGCUUUUCCCAAGAUGCAGGGAAGUACCUGGCUGUGGCGUCCCAUGAUUCCUUCGUGGACAUCUACAACGUCCUGACCAGUAAGAGAGUUGGUAUCUGUAAAGGAGCCGGCAGCUACAUCACGCACAUCGAUUGGGACUCCAGAGGUAAAUUGCUGCAGGUGAACACCGGAGCCAAAGAGCAGCUUUUCUUUGAGGCUCCUCGAGGACGCAAACAGAACAUCAGCAUGGCCGAGUUUGAGAAGCUGGACUGGGCGAGCUGGACGUCCGUUAUGGGUCCGACCUGUGAGGGAAUAUGGCCGAUGCUUAGCUUCGUCAAUGCCGCCUCGCUCACCAAAGAUUGCAAACUGCUCGCCACCGGAGACGACUUUGGCUUCCUGAAACUGUUCAGCUUCCCGUCCAGGGGCCAGUUUGCUAAGUAUAAGAAGUACGUUGGUCACAGCACCAACGUGACGAACGUCCGCUGGUCCAAUGACGACUCCCUGCUGCUGUCAGUGGGCGGGGCUGACACGGCGCUCAUGAUCUGGACCAGAGAGCCGCCGGGCCACAAAGAGAGCAAAGCUGUGGACAGCGAGGAGUCGGACGACGACACUGAGGAGGACGGAGGGUAUGACAGUGAUGUGGCCCGAGAGAAGGUGGUGGACUACGUCACCAAGAUCUACUCUGCUAGCAUCAGGAACAUGUCAGGAACCAGACCUCACCUGCAGCACAAAGAGCUUCCUGUGGAGGAGAGGCCUCCUGUGAGUCGAGCUGCACCGCUGCCUGACAAACUGCUGAGGAACAAUGUGACCAAGAAGAAGAAAGUGGUGGAGGAGCUGGUUCUGGAGCACGUCUUUGGCUACAGAGGCUUCGACUGUCGCAACAACCUGCAUUAUCUCAACGACGGUACUGACAUCAUCUUCCACACCGCUGCUGCAGUGGUCAUCCAGAGCCUGUCCGCCGGAACCCAAACGUUCUACCUGGAACACACCGACGACAUCCUCUGUCUGACUGUCAAUCAACACCCAAAAUACCAAAACAUCAUCGCGACAGGACAGAUCGGUGAGUCCCCGAGCAGAAAGUCAACUCAGGCGUGUCUUGCUCCAUCCAUUCAUGUGUGGGAUGCCAUGACCAAGCAGACCCUUUCCAUCCUCCGAUGUUCCCACGCUAAAGGUGUCGGCUACGUCAACUUCAGCGCUACAGGAAAGCUGCUGCUCUCUGUUGGAGUGGAGCCUGAACACACCAUCACAGUGUGGAGGUGGCAGGAAGGCACCAAGGUGACCAGUAAAGGUGGCCAUGCUGAGCGGAUAUUCGUGGUGGAGUUCAGACCGGACUCUGACACCCAGUUUGUGUCGGUGGGAAUCAAACAUAUCAAGUUCUGGACUCUGGUUGGAGGUUCGCUCGUGUACAAGAAGGGAGUGAUCGGCUCGGUGGAGGACGGCCGCAUGCAGACCAUGCUGUCUGUUGCCUUUGGUGCUAACAACCUGACAUUCACUGGUGCUAUAAAUGGAGACGUGUAUGUAUGGAGGGAACACUUCCUGGUACGAGUGGUGGCAAAGGCGCACAGUGGUCCGGUCUUCACCAUGUACACAACCCUGAGGGAUGGACUCAUCGUCACUGGGGGGAAGGAACGGCCGACUAAAGAGGGCGGAGCUGUGAAGCUUUGGGAUCAGGAGAUGAAGCGCUGCAGAGCUUUUCAGCUAGAAACCGGCCAAUCGGUAGAGAAUGUCCGAUCCGUCUGCAGAGGGAAGGGUAAAAUCCUGGUAGGAACCAAAGAUGGAGAAAUAAUAGAGGUAGGUGAAAAGAAUGCUGCCUCCAACACCAUGAUCAACGGACACACUCAGGGAGGAAUCUGGGGUUUGGCGACUCACCCUUUCAAAGACGUCUUCAUCUCCGCCAGUGAUGACGGGACCAUCCGAAUAUGGGACCUGGCUGAUAAGAAACUUCUGAACAAGGUGAGUUUGGGUCAUCCAGCCAAGUGCACCUCCUACAGUCCCAACGGAGAGAUGGUUUCCAUCGGUAUGGAGAACGGAGAGUUUAUUGUCCUGCUGGUCAACUCCCUCACCGUCUGGGGCAAGAAGAGAGACCGCAGUGUCACCAUCCAGGACAUACGCUUCAGUCCAGACAACCGGUUCUUGGCAGUGGGUUCAGUUGAAAGUGCUGUGGAUUUCUACGACCUUUCUUUGGGACCAUCCCUUAACAGGAUUGGCUACUGUAAGGACAUCCCUGGCUUCGUCAUCCAAAUCGACUUCUCUGCUGACAGCAAACACAUCCAGGUGUCCACCAGCACCUACACUCGGCAGGUGCAUGAAGUUCCCUCGGGGAAGAUUGUCACAGAGCAGUCUGUAUUUGAGAGGAUCACCUGGGCUACCUGGACCAGCAUCCUGGGUGACGAGGUUCUCGGCGUUUGGCCUCGCAACGCAGAGAAAGCGGACGUCAACUGUGCUUGUGUUUCCCACGCUGGCCUCAACCUGGUGACCGGAGACGAUUUCGGCCUCAUCAAGCUCUUCGAUUUUCCAUGUUCAGAAAAAUUUGCAAAACACAAGCGUUACUUCGGUCACUCUGCUCACGUGACAAACAUUCGCUUCUCCUGUGAUGAUAAGUUCGUCAUCAGUGCCGGUGGCAGUGACUGCAG